UGGACAGCAGGCAUCGGGUCACCAGGCAUCAAGUCAUUUGGCUCGACAGCGAGCACCGCGUCAUCUGGCAAGGCAGUGGGCUCCGAGUCAACUGGCAUGACCGCGGGCACUGGGGCAGGCAUUGAAUCGUCUGGCUGGACAGCGGGCAUUGGGUCACCAGGCAUCAGGUCAUUUGGCUCGACAGCGGGCACCGUGUCAUCUGGCAAGGCAGUGGGCUCCGAGUCAACAGGCACGACAGCGGGCACCAGGGUUAUCAGGUACCGGAUUGUCUGGCUCGACAGCGGGCAUCGGGUCACCAGGUAUGACAGCGGGCACUGGGUCACCAGGCAUCAGGUCAUUUGGCUUGCCAGUGGGCACCGCGUCAUCUGGCAAGGCAGUGGGCACCGGGUCACCAGGCAUUGGAUCGUCUGGCUCGACAGCAGGCAUCGGGUCACCAGGCAUCAGGUCAUCUGGCUCGCCAGCGGGCACCGCGUCAUCUGGCAAGGCAGUGGGCACCAAGUCCCCAGGUACGACAGCGGGCUCUGAGUCAAUUGGCACGACAGCGGGCACCGGGUCACCUGGCCUAAUAGGAUCAUCAGGCUGGAUCAGCUGAGUAGAGGCUUCAGGAGGCUUCAGGCUUCAGAGAGUAGAGGCAUCAGGCCGAGUAGAGGCUUCAGGCCGAGUAGAGGCAUCAGGCUGAAGAGAGGCAUCAGGCUGAAGAGAGGCAUCAGGCUGAGUAGAGGCAUCAGGCUGAGUACAGGCAUCAGGCUGAGUAGAGGAUUCAGGCUGAGUAGAGGCUUCAGGCUGAACCACGGAAGGCAGGUUCACCGG